AUGAAUGAGGACGCGCAUGCGCAGAGCGCUCCCUCCCGGUCACCUUCCCCGGCGCUGCCCGUCCCUGUGCGCACGCGCGCCCGCCACCUCCCUCCUCCUCCCGCGCCUGCGCGCUGUGGGCGGAGCCGUGGUCGCGCCGCGCAUGAGCAGUGCGAGCGCCGGCCGGAGGCGCAAGGGGGGGGCUCCGCCAUGUACCGGCAGGGCCGGGCCGCAGCCGCCGCCGCCGCCGCCGCCCGGCUCCGGGCCUGGCCCCGGCCUGAGCGCCCCGCGCAUGAGCAGCUGCCCCCUCGCCGCCGGUACCGAGCGCGCCCGCAGGACCUGGCGCCCCCCGGUGGCCACGUCCCGGCCCUGCAGCCGCCGCCGCCGCCGCUGUCGCUGUCCCCACCGGAGGGGCUCGGCGGCGCCUUCACCACCGUGGACGGGCGGAGCGAGGACGACAUCGCGGUGCGGGACGGGCCGGGGGCCUCCGCUCUGCUCCUGCUGCGGGGCUCCAACGGAACCGCACCCCGCGCUCCCCGCCAGCCCCCAUCCAUGGAGGAGCACUUGGCCGUCAUGCACCAGAAGCUGCAGCACGAGCUCCCCAAUUUCUUCCUCAAGAUCCCCGAUUACGGCCUCUACUCCCACGACGUGGAGUUCAUCAACCACCUCCUGCACCUGCACACGCGGGGCCGGCCCAUGUACCAGGUGGCGGUGGCGCUGUGCCGGGCGCUGGCCUGGGGGUACUUCGCCAGCCUGAGGCUGGAGGUGCUGGCGCUCACCCGGCACCCCGAGGACUGGAGCAUCCGGGCCCGCUGGCGCCUCACGGGGCUGCCCCUGCACCUCUGCAUGCUGCGCUUCUACCGGAGGGACAAGGCCACCCUGCUGCGGUCCUACGACGCCUUCUCCACCUUCUUCCUCAACUCGCAGGGGCUCAUCCGCUGCCACCGCGUGGACAAGCUGAUGCCGGCCCCGACGCCGCUGGCCCAGGACAAGAAGCUGUUGGUGGCCGCCGCGGUGGCCGCGCUCUCGGCACCGGUGCCACCACCGGUGCCCCCCCUGCACCUCGCUAUGAAGCCCUCCUCGGCCACCCCGGGGGACCCCUGA